AAGUUACGCCCAAAGCCAAAUUUGAAUCGCCAAAAGACCAUCGCAUCCCGCCCGCACCCUGCAUUCGCUCGCCCUUCCUGUCCGGCGCAGUUUUCCCUUCACCCUCCUUUUCUUUUCUUCCCCCAAACACCACCGCGCUCGGCCAUCUCUUCGCGAUCCGGAAGGGACAACUCCAUCUCGAUUUUCCCCCCAACCAGCUUCGACCCCCCCGUAUUGAGCACAACCCCCAACCCUCGGGCCUUGAGCCCCGCCACCACCGUACAUCAUGCGAAUACCCAAUCUCUUCUCCCUCGCCGCUCUCCCCCUCCUCAGCUCAGCCUGGGGUCUCGGCGGCGGCGAAUGGCCCGACGACACCAACCCCAGCGUCUUCAACGGCAAGACCGUGCCUCCCCCGACCGUCCUCAACUCCACCACCUUCGACGACGCCCUCCGGAGCGGAAAUUGGCUGGUCGAAUUCUUCAGCCCGUAUUGCGGCCACUGCCAAAGCUUUGCGCCGACGUGGAAAACACUCUAUGAAUUCUAUUACACCCAGGAGCCCGUGCCGCAGACGGCGGGCGCUGCAAUCAGCGAUGAGAACGACAUGAACUCUUUCACGCGCUUCUACGACUUCCGCUUCGCCAAGGUGGACUGCGUGGCCAGCGGGGAUUUGUGCAGUACCAAGUCCGUCAACGCCUACCCGACCAUUCGCUUCUACAAAGACGGCGAGGUUACAAAAGAGAUGACGGGGCAGAAGGAUCUGAAGUUCAUGUCAAAUGCGGUCGAGACGGUGUUGGAGAGCAUUCGCCCGGGUUCACGACCGCAGGGCGGUCCGAUUCUGCCCAAAGUCGGCGCCGCGGCUGCGGAUCCCGUUGGUGCGAAUGCACCCACCGCUGCUACGACGACAACGUAUGGCGCUGCAAUGACAAAGGAUGGCUUGACGGUUGCCACCAGGAUCCCCGCUGGGUUGAACCUUACCCCGAAUCCCGAGGGCAAGAGCAUUCCAUUAACGGCCGAGAACUUCCAGAGCCUCGUCACCAUGACUCCUGACCCCUGGUUCAUCAAAUUCUACGCUCCCUGGUGUCCACACUGCAAGGCCAUGGCGCCCAACUGGCAAGGCAUGGCACGACAGAUGAAAGGGCGCUUGAACGUGGGCGAGGUGAACUGCGACGUGGAGAAGAGACUGUGCAAAGACGUCAAAGUCCGAGGCUACCCGACCAUCCUCUUCUUCCGCGCGGGCGAGAGGAUCCAGUACGACGGCCUCCGCGGACUGGGCGAUCUCAUCAACUACGCCGACGAAGCAGUGUCUGUCUGCGAUGGGGUACAAAACGUCACCGCCGCGCAGUUCGAGGAGAUGGAGAAGACGGAAGAGGUCAUCUUCAUCUACUUCUUCGACCACGCCACCACCGCCGAGGACUUUGCCGCUCUGGAGCGACUCCCCAUGAACCUUAUCGGCCACGCGAAACUGGUCAAGACUAACGAUCCAGCCAUGGCCACGCGCUUCAAAAUCUCGACCUGGCCUCGUCUGGUAGUCUCCCGCGAAGGGAAGCAAACAACAUACAGCCCCCUCAUGCCGCGCGAUAUGCGCGACACCCGCCGCGUCCUCGACUGGAUGCGCACCGUCUGGCUGCCCAUUGUGCCCGAGCUCACCGCCAGCAACGCCCGCGAAAUCAUGGACGGCAAGCUCGUCGUGCUCGGCAUCCUCAACCGCGACCGCGCAGAGGAAUUCUACAGCGCGAAGCGCGAAAUCAAAAACGCCGCCUUCGAAUGGAUCGACAAGCAAGAAAACGCCUUCCGCGUCGAACUGCAAGACCUGCGCGACGCCAAGCAAUCGCGCAUCAAAGAGGCCGAAGACCGCAACAACGAGCGCGCGCUGCGCAACGCAAAGGCCAUCCGCAUCAACCCGGACGACAUCCAGCGGCCGCACGUCGGCUUCGCGUGGGUCGACGGCGUCUUCUGGGAGCGCUGGAUCAAGACGACGUUCGGCAUCUCCGUCGCGCAGGGCGAGAAGAUUGUCGUCAACGACGAGGACAACAAGCGCUACUGGGACGUCACCAUGACGGGGAACCCGAUCCUGCCCUCGCGCUCCAGCAUCCUCGAGACGCUGCGCCGGAUCGUCAGCAGCCCGCCGAAAAUCUCGCCCAAGCGCACCAUGUCUGUUUUCGGGCAUGCGUGGUGGGUGAUCAAGGGGCAGAUUCUCGAGCACCCGUUCCUCAGCGCGGGGCUGGGGUUGCUUUCGCUCGCGGCUUUCGUGUGGUGGAGUCGGCGCGUGGUGAGUUUGCGGGCUGUUGAGCGGGGGUAUGGGUAUUUCCGGGUUGGAGAGAAGGGGGCUGGUGGAGGGCCGAUGGAUGGGUUGCUUGGGGUGGGGAGUGGUGGUGGGCAGCAGGCGGGGAAGAAGGAUUAGUGUGGGUUUCCGCGGGCAUUUUGCGAGGCGUUUCUUCUUGCUUCCUCUUUCUUGUUAACAUGGCGUACGACUCUCUGGGCUGUCUGGUGUGUGUGAGUGGGACCUAUAAUUGCUCAAACAUCCGAGAAUGUAUGCGCAUAGUACUACUA